AUGCCUGGUGUUGGAUCUCAAUUUCACUUAAGAGGAGCUCCUUCUGCCAAGGCCGGCUACCAGGCUCCGCUUUCGAGGUGUACUGGACCGGGUGGCAUCUUGAGCAACGCAUCAAUGUUUGGGAUAUCAUCGGCAUUGCUUCGUCACGUCGUCCAAGAGGCGCUGAAUGCACCUGUCUCCAUAGAGGAGUAUCUUUCUCACGUGCAGGGACUUUCCAGCUUUGGCUUCAAGCCGUGCCGAGCCUGCAGCGCAGGGUACUCUCCUGCCACUUGCGGCUUGCAAUAG